AUGACACCCGAUCAAGCGCCCUCAUAUUCCUUCCUUGAACAAUUUGAUGUCCCGUCUAACUUCAGUACCACAUCACCAACUUCUCUUUUCGAUAACCUUGACACUCGUGAGCCCAUCUCCGAAGAACAACUCACAUCGAGUUAUUCUUCACUCGCCUCACCUUCCUCGGCCCAACCUACCUCGGCCUCAUCUCCCUCGACUUCCUUUCCUCACGUUCCCUCUUCCGCCCCUGUUUAUGAUUUGGGCCAAUCCAGUUCUGAUGAGCCCACAGUCAUUCGUGACACGCCUCAUGCUUCUCCACCUACUGUGGAUCAGCCUGGUGUCAACGCACCUAGUGUGGAGGCACCCAUUUUCAAAUUUAAUUCUACUCCGACCUCUCGUGCUUCUUCUCGUCCUUCUCGUGUUCGUCCUCCGUCUACGUCAUCUCAUCCUAUGGUCACUUGCAAACAACGAGGUAUUACUAAACCGGUUCAACGUCUCAAUCUUCACGUGGAUUCUUCACCAAUACCUCGGUCUUACUUACAAGCAUUUUAG